GUCGCUGCUUCCGCGCUCUGCGUUCCACUGGGAUCUGGUCCAACGUUCUAGAACGUUAUCAGUGAUACAUUGUAGCAGUAACGGUGUCACCCGGGCUGCACGGUGCACCGCCCUCUGUCCGCCUGCCUGUGCCGCCGCCCGCCGGGGAGAGGAGGGGCAGCCGCGCUGCUGUAACCCGCAGGGCAAAGAUGAACGUGGGUGUAGCGCACAGCGAGGUGAACCCAAACACCCGGGUUAUGAACAGUCGUGGAAUGUGGCUGACCUACGCCCUGGGAGUCGGCAUGCUGCACAUCGUCCUGCUCAGCAUUCCCUUCUUCAGUGUCCCCGUGGCCUGGACGCUGACUAAUGUCAUUCACAACCUGGGAAUGUAUGUGUUUUUACACGCAGUGAAGGGCACGCCAUUCGAAACGCCAGACCAGGGCAAAGACAGGCUCCUAACGCACUGGGAACAGCUGGAUUAUGGGGUGCAGUUUACGUCGUCAAGAAAAUUCUUCACCAUCUCUCCGAUUAUUCUAUACUUCCUGACCAGCUUCUACACAAAGUAUGACCCGACGCAUUUCUUCAUCAACACGGCGUCUCUGCUCAGCGUCCUUAUCCCAAAAUUACCCCAGCUGCACGGGGUCCGAAUCUUUGGCAUCAACAAGUACUGAGCAGGCACGCUUGUGACACCUACAUUUGUCGUCUCGAGCGCAGAUCCUCUCGGCCGCGGGUUCUAUCCAUUCUGAAGGAACGGAUAGCCGGCUCGGCCUUUGUAACAGUUUAUACAAUACAGUUCUAACUGCGCCUUCUUUGUAAGCUGUUAGGAUCCAUACGGACUUUGAUAAAGAAGAUGCGUCUCCCUGAAUCCUUCGAGGGCGGUAUACAGAGAGGGGUGUAUAUUGUCAGCUGGGCGGGCCCAGCUGUGACCCGGAGUUUGCCAUGUAUAAACAAGACUGACCUGCAAUACAGAACAAGGAAACCGCUAUGUCAAAACUGACGGGCGUAUCGCCGACACCAUCUCUUCGGCAAAAAUAAACCUGUCUGUAUCUGUUUUUUUGAUCAUUUUAUCCAGCGUAACAAGCCCAUUUGUACGUGCGAUGCGGCUCACGAGCCGACAUAACGUGCUGCAUGACGUGUUUAUAAUGAAGUGCACUAGUGUAUUUUAUUUUUCUGUUCUGUGUUGUAUUUGCUUGCUCCACUUGUAUAAUGGUGUUUUUGCCCGAGCAGAGUCACGUGAGCAUUGUACUUUCAGUAGUCAUCCGGUUACCAACAGCUGCACAGAUCCGAAGUGGAAGAAUGUCGUCAUUUCAAGUGUCGCCGACAUUUGUCGGAUCAUUUGUUACCUCUCGGUGACUCCUCUAAUCCAUACAGUGCGCAGUUCUGCAGCGGCACAGUCUCCAUAGCUUCUCGCUGUCAGGAGGAUGUAGAGUACACUGUGGUAUUAUUUUAGUUUGUUUUAUGUAACGUUAUAACUGGGUGCGACGCCAACAGUGUCGGCAGCCGGCGUCGUUCUGCAAGUGUUAGGUAGGGCGAGCUACAGUCGGUACGAGAGACCAAGUCUAUUCUACAGUGCAUUUGGAAGGAACUGGUUAUAGAUUGGGUAACGGAUAACCCCGCUUCUUCUACUUGUCAGUAAUCUCCACGGUUAUUUAGGCAACUGUACACCCGAAUAUUAAAGGUUUUGUUCUACACACACACACACACACACAGCACUAAUUUUAUGAGGCACCUGGCAAAUAUUAAAUGUUUGAACAGACUAGCUCCAUAGGAUAAGAAUGAAAACACACAGUGGAGAAUAUAUAUAUAUAUAUAUAUAUAUAUAUAUAUAUAUUUGUUUUAUUUUUUAUGUAUUAUGGAACAUGGGUACUCGCCAGACUUUCAGUUCUUUGCAAGUAGUAUGUGGAUUUAUUCACUCAUCAUAACAAUACAUACAUACCGUACACAUACCGUACACAUUCUAUGGGUUUUUUGUUGACACUGUAGGACCUUUGUCAACAUAUACACAUGUACACACACACACUCGUAUUUAACAUGAAGAACUCUUGGUGGUAACGUCACAACGUUUGCACCUUGCUGUACUACAACUAUAGCGGCAUAGAGCUGACCCCCUGUAAUACUCCAGCUGUCGCCAGGCCGGGUCACCAGGCCGCCAUUUUAGUUUUGUUUGUCUUUGUGUAUUUGGACUUAAUCCCAUUUCUCCAACUCUCGGCUGCUGAGAAUGGAAAAUGGCCUAAAGGCACCUUACAAGUUCUAUAGAAGGCUUGGGCAGAUAAUAACGAAUACUUUUUACCCCAGUGAGCCGUGUGCGUUCUGCAAAGGUUUCUUUCUUUUAUUGUUAACAAAUAAAGUUUCUUUUUCCUUUAGAAAUAAGGAGGAAAUCUUAGAACGUGGACAUUUUUUUUUUUAUAAAGUUGUUUGGAAAAGCUAGAAGACGUUUGCAAGAAUUGUAGAUUGUAAUCAUUUACUGUUGUCAGCGCUGAAAGUUUUUCUUUCCCCUAUUUUAGGUUUUCGUUCUCGGUAGCUUUUCAGUUUACAGAAUAAAACAACUUUUGCCCUUGA